AUGCGACCGUCGAUUGUGAUUGCGACCAUUGCCUCCCAGUGCUUACUUGUCGCUGCGCGUGAGAAUAAUGACGCACAGCAGUGGGAAGCAAGUGCCUUUGAUGCACACAUAAAUGCGAAACAUCCGCACCAGGAUCCGUGGCAAAAAGGCCCGCUGGUAGAACGAUGGCGACAAUGGAUGCGACGACAAGAUACGACCGCAACAGACGACAAGGAAACCUCGACGGAAGUAAAGUCUGAGACAAGAGAAACUACCAAAGAUGAAGAGACGACAACAGAAGACAAGGCUACAACUACAGAAGACAAACCAACAACAACAGACGAGCCUGCGUCAACAACCGAAGAGUCCACUACAGAAGCAACGUCAACUGAGCAAUCUUCUUCAUCGUCAACAGUCUCAUCCACCGAGACAUCAAGUGACCCAACAUCAACAUCCACAUCCACAUCCACAUCCACAAGAAGUACCGUCACGUCUCUAGAACAGGGAGCAUCGUGCUACAGCACAACCGUAUCAACCAGCGUCGUUUGCCACAUCACAACCGACGGCCGUACUGAGAGUGCCUCGUGCAUCACAAACAGAAUGACAUCCAGCACAUGCGCUCCCGGCCUCUUCUGCGAGAUACACCCCGACUCUGGCUCGACGGUAUGUAUGGAGCAGCACAACGAGAUUGGAACGGAAGGAAUAGUCGUGGCGUCAAUCUUUGCAGUUUGUAUUGCUGGCUGCAUGGCUGUUUUGGUGGGCAUGUGCGUGAGAGACAAGCGUGCGCAGAAGAAGUUUGAGAACUUAAAGAGAGUCAAGACUCUGAGGACGGCUAAGAGGGAGGAGCACGCGAAUCUGAUGGCGGCAGGAGGGCAGAUUUAG